AUGGCUAUUUGCUAUUCAAGUUCAUGGAGCUCAACUGUUAUCUCUUCAGCGUGGUGGGUGUACGACCAUCAGGUUUCAAAAGUUGCUCCAUCUGGGGAGUACCUGUCUCAUGGUAGCUUUAUGAUCAGAGGCAAGAAAAACUUUAUGCCUGCUAGCCCACUGGUACUUGGUUUCGGUAUUUUGUUCCGUCUUGAUGAAGAAAGUGUUGCUAAUCGCAGACAGAAGAUGGCGGUACAUGAUGUCGACAGCAGCACCAAGACCGUUGAAACGAAACAGGAAAAGGAAGAACUGCCGGUGGAAGAGCAAGAGGUGGAUGUCGAUGAACCGGACGAGGAGUACCCUGAUAUUCAACUCGACGUUCCAACCGUUAAUUAUCGCAACAAAGCUGACCCUUAUGAGGAUUAUAUGGUCAUCGACUUCAGUACAAAGAACCGCCCCAAGAAACAAGCGCCUGGUAAAGAAAAAGAAACUAUGGAGUAUUUAGAAAAGAAGAAGGAAGAGGAGCGCAAGGCAGCUGCUGGCAAAAAGGUAGGGAAACGUCAGAAACAUAAAAUGGAUAAGAUUCGAAAGAAGUACCGCGAUCAAGACGAAGAUGAACGUGAAAUGCGCCUGGCUCUUCUUGGAAGUAGAGGUAAGCAAGGAAAACCCGAGAGUAAACCUACGACUGGGACGAAACAAGACAAUGUGAAGGCGAAGAGUGAUAGCGGUGGUGGUGAGGAAAGGGUAGGGCUGCACGCCACUCCUGAAGCCCUCGCUGACAGUCGUGAUGAUGCUAACGAAGAUAAUACUGUUGUGAGUGCUGCUCCUAAUGGGCAAAAUAAUGAAGGAUCUCGUGUGCAGGAGCAUUCCAAGGGAGACAGCCAAAUGGACAGCGAACUGGGCCAGAUGGCGGCUCUCCAAAUAAAUGAUCGAAAAGAUGCGAAGGCAACUUCAGCCGGUGGUUUGCACGACGAUAAACCCAGCACUGACGCCCCUGUUAUGGGUGAAGAUGACGAAGAAGGAAAAGAUGAUGUUGUGGUUAGCGAAGACAGCGAAGGGCUUAUCGCUCAGCUGACAAGUAACCCUACCUCUGAAGACGUACUUCUUUACGCUGUACCGAUGGUUGGACCGUAUCAGGCAUUGAGUAACUUCAAGUACAGGGUGAAGAUCACGCCAGGAACCGCUAGGAAAGGCAAAGCCGGCAAAGCUGCUUUGGAUUUGUUCCUCCGUAUGAAGAACGGCGAUCCUCGUGAGCAGGCCCUAAUUCGUGCCCUUGUUGGAGACGAAAAUGCCUGUCGUAAUAUUCCAAAGGGAUGUCGUAUUUCAGCUCCUCAGCUGUAUGCCAAAUAA